AUGGGACGAACAACAAGCCAGAAGAAGUUGCCAAAGACUGCAACAAAUGUUAGCAUUGCAGACAAGAAGCAGAACGACUUGAACUUUUUGGAGGAGGUCGAUGGAAGCAUCGAUCCGAGCAGCAUACCUCGUGUGUUUCAGCUUCUCGGAGCUGGGUUAAUGCAGGGCGACCGUGCUUGCCUUCGAGCUGCUUGCAGCGCUGUUGAACGCAUCUGUGAGGCCAACGAGGGCUUUUUCAGCUUGCUCCAGGCAUUUGUGCUCAAGUCCACGGAACUUAGUCAUGGCAGCCAAGAAGAAAGUUCUUCUUCCUUCCGACGUGGGGUCCACGGUGCACAGUCCUCGCUGUUGACAGCGAGUGUGCUGCCUGAAGAGUAUGACCUCACAUUGGAACCAGAUCUCGAGCAGUUUACAUUCGAUGGUAUUGUCAAAAUCACUUGCGACGUCCAUGUGGCGACUGACUCUGUGAGCGUGCAUGCCAUGGAUCUUGUUCUGUCACAAGCUGUUUUCAAGCCUCAUGGCUCCAGCACCGUCAUCAAAGCAGAUGAGAUUUCAACAAAGGCCAAGAUGAAGACAGCGACUUUGGGAUUUGAUGAAGUCCUUCCCGUUGGCAAGGGUGUGCUGGAAAUCAAGUUUCGGGGCAUCUUGAACGACCAAAUGGCCGGCUUCUACCGCUCACAGUAUACAGACUCUUGUGGCAAGAAGCGCUUCAUGGCUACAACUCAGUUCGAAGCCAUUGAUGCACGACGUUGUUUCCCUUGCUGGGACGAGCCAGCAAGGAAAGCCACAUUUGUGGUCACACUCAUCUACCCGGCCAAUCUUACAGCCAUUUCAAACAUGCCUCCAAGCCGCUCUGAAGUUCAGGCAGAUGGAAAGCGAAGGGAAACGUUCAUGCCAACCCCAAGAAUGAGCACGUACCUGCUUGCUUUUUGCAUUGGUGAGUUUGAGUUCAUCAGUGCCAGCACGAAGGGAGGAGUGCUGGCACGCAUUUUCGCAUGCCCCGGUAAUGCUUCUCGCUGUAGUUUUGCACUGGACUGUUGCAUACGUGCUCUCGAGUUCUACAAUGAUUUCUUUGGUAUUCCAUACCCUCUGCCAAAAAUGGACAUGAUUGCGAUUCCGGACUUUGCGGCUGGUGCUAUGGAGAACUGGGGACUUGUCACAUACCGAGAAGUUGCAUUGCUCUGCGAUGAAUCAACUGUGUCCGCAACGCAGAAACAACAAAAUUGCACGGUCAUCGCCCAUGAGCUGGCACACCAGUGGUUCGGCAACUUGGUGACCAUGGAAUGGUGGGAAGAUCUUUGGCUGAAUGAGGGCUUUGCGAAUUGGAUGCAGACGUUCGCUUCAGACAAGCUCUUCCCUGAUUGGCACAUAUGGGAGUCGUAUGUUGGGACGGAGCAGCAAAGAGCUCUGCAGCUUGAUGCUCUACGCAGCAGCCACCCGAUACAGGUACCGAUCGGGCACGCGGAAGAAGUAGAGGAGGUCUUCGAUGCAAUUUCUUAUUGUAAGGGAGGAUCUGUGGUGCGCAUGAUUUACUCUGUGCUUGGCGAAGCGCACUUCCAAGAGGGGUUGCGGUUGUACUUCGACAGGCACAAGUAUGGCAACACAGUCACCACUGAUUUGUGGAAUGCUUGGAAGGAGGUUUCUGGCAAGCCUAUCGACAAGAUGAUGAGCUCAUGGACACAGAAGAUGGGCUUUCCACUGCUGGAGGUCUUGAACGAUCCACUGGCUGAUUCUACUGGCCAUGUGGAGAUUAGACAGAAAUGGUUCUUGGCAGAUGGCUCCUCUGAGCCCUCGGAUGAUGACAAGACAUGGUUUUGCCCCGUGAUCGUGGGCACUGACAAAGGCAGCUCACCUGCUGGCUUUCUGGAGGAGAAGAGCGGGAAGAUCGCGUGCGCGAGUUGCCUUCCAGGUGCAUCCAUGAUCAAGGUGAAUUUUGGACAGCAUGUUCCUGUCCGAGUGUUGUAUCCCGAAUCUGUGUUUAAGCGACUGAUUCAGAAGUUGAGCAGUGUGCCUCCAGAAGACAAGAUAGGCUUGUUGUCCGACACAUUCGCGAUGAGCAAAGCUGGAGUUUUGGAUGCAAGUUUCUUGGUGGACCUUCUGGCUGGCUUCAAGUCAGAACUGAACGACAAAGUGUGGUCCGAGAUUUCUGCAGUUCUCGGAGGUCUGGAGAAGGUUGUGUGCCAGGGUCUGGCAGACGACACGGCGCAAGCUUUCAAGGAGUUCUGCAGCAAGCUCGUGGUUCCGGCAUUCAAUCACGUGGGAUGGGAGACUGCAAGUGCAGACAGUGACAACCGCAAGAAGCUGCGCAGCACGGUUUUGGCGGCGGUAUCGAAAUACUGCUCACAGGAUCCGACGAUUUCUGCCGAGGCGGUGCGGCGGUGCAAGGAUUUUGCAGCAUCGCCCAAUGAUGCCACGGUGCUUUCUGCAGACAUCCGUUCUGCAGUUUUUGAUGUAGCGCUGCAGAGUCACCAUGCCGCGCUCGCAUUCGAUGAGCUUGUUCGAGCCCACGAAGUCGUGACAGAUGGAGCAGUAAAGAUCCACAUCUAUGGGGCUUUGGGCAAAGCCGGUGGAGCUGCACUCCAGCAGAAAGCGCUGGACUUUUGCCUCAGCGGUGCGGUUCGGUCCCAAGACCUUAUAUACAUUCCAAUGGCCAUGGCCACAAGUGGCAAGACUGGUGCGGACACAGUUUUCUCCUGGAUGCAGAGUGAGUAUAGCCGCAUUUAUGAUAUGCUUGGCGCGACCUCGAUGAUGCUCUUCCAGAAUAUGGUGCGGGUGUCCGGAGCAGGGUUUGUCACGGAAAGCAAGGCCGAGGAGGUGGCUGCAUUCUGGAAAAGCCGCGACCUGUACAAGAACAUAGAGAAAGCUUUGGCACAGACGGUCGAAGGGAUCAAGUCCAACUCAAAGUUUGUAGACAGGUUAAAGGGAUCGAAGGCAGCGCUGGCUUCAACCUGGAAAUCUGCAAUGGCCAACAGCAACUUGUGUGCGAAGCAACAGAUGCUGGAGACAAACGCCAAGGGCGUGGAGACAAUGCUUUCCUUUCUGCGACACUUGCCACAAGCCCAUGUGGCCCCAAAUACGUCGGAAGCAGUGAAUGCAGCUGCUGCUGCGAUGUUUCAACGGGCAGCCUGCUGGCUCAAUGACGUUGACGAGGUGGACUUCGAUCAGCUUCAGCACGUGCUUUAUCUGGCCUUCUGGCUGGGCGCAGAGGAUGAGGACGUUGCCCUCUCCGCAUUGGAUGCCAUCGAAAGGUUUACGCUGUACAGGAGUGAGAAUGGCGCCACACUUCUGCAGUCAGAUGUCCUGCAGGUGCUGCACCGUAUCAUUGGCCACAACCGCGCGCCGGAGCUUGUCUCUGAGGCCUUCACACUUCUCUACAGACUCUGCGAUGCCCCGGCUCCCGCGGUAGUACCGUUGAUGACGGAGGAAAGUGGCCUGGUGCGGACAGUGGUGGAGUCAAUGUUGCAGGCUCCGUUGAAUAUGCGCUUACAGCUCGCGGGAGUCAGGCUCCUGGCCUUGUGGGCACAGUUCGACGUGGCUGAGGACCCCGAAGCCGAAGUGGCGAUGUCGGAUCAGAAGGACUUAAAGCAGUUUGUGCGCGAGGCCAACGCCGCGGAAGUUGCCAAGGAGGUGGCAGCGAACCUGACCCGGGCCGGGCUUACCCACGCUGCUUCAUGGAUGUCAGCCAUCUCUUCUCGCCUGCCUAAGAAAGUGCAGGGGAGCAAGGGGUCAAAGGAGCCACGGGAACCAAAGGCAAGCAAAGGUUCCAAAGAUGAGCAUGGUCCUCGCUCGGCCAGCAAAGCAAGUGGCUCCUCGCGAGCGAAGUCCAAGUGA